GUCUGAGAUUGUGUUGGGGCGACAGGAAAAAAAAAAAAAAAAAAAAGGAAUAAUGAAAUCUCGUUGAAAUUAUUUAAAAUUCCCCAACCAGAAAAGUUUCCAUCUUUUCGCCGUUUGCAUGCAACAUUUUUCCCUGGGCGUUUUUGUUUGGAAGUAUAGGGUUAUUUAAAAAUAUUUCUUAACCUUUUUUCCGACAUAGAAAGUAGCAUAAUAAUAUAUAUUUUUUGUCAUUUUUAAAUAAUAUUACAUUCAGUCAGAUUUUUGGGGUUAUUGCUGUUUUGUUUUUGUUUUUUUUUUGUUUUUUUUACUGCUUUAAAAUUGUAUGCUGUAAUAUCGGGGGUGGUUAUGUAUUUUAUCGCACGGAUUUAUUGUUACAUUGUCGCUCCAUAAGCAGUAGGACUGGAGAGCCCGACAGGAACUGCUAAGUGAAAAUCAUUUUUACAUUCUAAUUUAUGCAUCACGAAAUUUGAUUUAUCAAGGUUAUUUGCUAGUCGUUGGAGGUUGCCCAAAGUCAGGCUUUACCAUUUUGUGGUUGUGUGUCUUGGAUAUACAAUGUCCUCAAUCCUGCCAUUCACCCCACCGGUUGUGAAGCGCUUGUUGGGGUGGAAGAAAUCUGCCAGCGGAUCAGGGGGAGCUGGUGGUGGAGAACAAAAUGGACAGGAGGAGAAGUGGUGUGAGAAAGCAGUGAAAAGUUUGGUUAAGAAGCUCAAGAAAACCGGACAGUUAGAUGAACUGGAGAAGGCUAUUACCACUCAGAAUUGUAAUACCAAGUGUGUUACCAUACCAAGCAAUUGCUCUGAAAUUUGGGGACUGAGUACACCAAAUACGAUAGAUCAGUGGGAUACAACAGGCCUUUACAGCUAUCCUGACCAAACCAGAUCUCUUGAUGGCCGACUUCAGGUAUCUCACCGUAAGGGUUUACCGCAUGUUAUCUACUGUCGAUUGUGGAGGUGGCCAGACCUACACAGUCAUCAUGAGCUACGAGCAAUUGAGACCUGUGAAUAUGCUUUUAAUCUUAAAAAGGAUGAAGUGUGUGUUAACCCUUAUCACUACCAAAGGGUGGAAACGCCAGUUUUGCCGCCUGUUCUUGUGCCAAGGCACACAGAGAUUCUAACAGAACUGCCUCCGCUUGAUGACUACACUCAUUCCAUACCUGAAAACACUAAUUUUCCAGUAGGAAUUGAGCCACCAAACAAUUACAUCCCAGAAACACCACCUCCUGGAUAUAUCAGUGAAGAUGGAGAAACAAGCGAUCAGCAGAUGAACCAAAGUAUGGACACAGGUUCUCCAGCAGAAAUGUCGCCUAGCACUCUUUCACCUGUCAAUCACAGCAUGGAUCUACAGCCGGUGACUUAUUCAGAACCAGCAUUUUGGUGUUCAAUAGCAUAUUAUGAGUUAAAUCAGCGAGUUGGAGAAACUUUCCAUGCAUCUCAGCCCUCCUUGACUGUAGAUGGGUUUACGGACCCAUCCAACUCUGAGAGAUUUUGCCUUGGUUUGCUCUCCAAUGUAAACAGAAAUGCAACAGUUGAGAUGACCAGAAGACACAUAGGGAGAGGAGUGAGACUGUAUUACAUUGGCGGAGAAGUUUUUGCAGAGUGUCUCAGUGACAGCGCUAUCUUUGUCCAGAGUCCCAAUUGCAACCAAAGAUACGGCUGGCAUCCUGCAACUGUUUGUAAAAUUCCACCAGGGUGCAACCUAAAGAUCUUUAACAACCAGGAAUUUGCUGCACUUCUUGCUCAGUCAGUGAACCAAGGAUUUGAGGCAGUUUACCAAUUAACCAGGAUGUGCACAAUUAGGAUGAGUUUUGUAAAAGGAUGGGGUGCAGAAUACAGACGACAGACAGUGACGAGCACUCCUUGUUGGAUUGAACUUCACCUAAAUGGACCGCUGCAAUGGCUGGAUAAAGUGUUGACACAGAUGGGCUCCCCCUCAGUCCGCUGCUCAAGCAUGUCCUAAUACUGUUGUCUGGACAGAGACAAAUAUAACGGAGUCCAAAUAACAGGCUUAAUUUCUUUCAUAGUACUUGUUUGUGACCCCACAGACUGUUCACUGUUAAAAACAGAAAUGGCACUUGAUGUCCCAUCAGCUUUAUGCACCUUGUUUUUAUUCUGUCCCCAAACCCCUAAAUAUUAAAUGUUUUAGUCUCUAUAACUCAAUUAUAGCUCUACUUAAAAGGGUGGGAUGGGGUGGACAUGGAGAGGGUGAUCCUGUUUAGUUCAUGCAUAGCAUUGAAUUUUUUUUUUUUUUUUUUUUUACAUUUGUAUUAAUAACUUGGAUCUAAAUCUAAGGAUAAACAAACAAUAAAAGUGGUAAACUUGAUGGAUAAUUAUCCAAAUGAACUUUUCAGGUCUACCAUUUUAGCCUUUUUUCCCUUCACAAAUAAAUGUGUUGUGAAAAAUAAGUUACAAAUGACAAAUGCGGUAUAUAUAUAAAACAAGCAAUUAUGCCCCCGCCCCAUUUUUUUUUUUCUUUCUUUUGAAUGCCAUGGCAUGUUAUUUUCAAAUUGAAGUGUUUAUAUUGAUCCUUUAGGUUAGGGUAAGCACAAAAGCUGGCAAUGAACUUGUAUUAGGUACCUACAGUGCCCAGUAGAGUUCCCUUCAGGCUACCCUUUUCUAUUGUAAUCAAAGUGCUUUUAUCUUUUUUUUUUAAAGCUAGUCCAAUUCAUUUUUUCCUUUUUAUUAAACAUGUUUUUAGACCACAUCCUGUUUUUUUUUUAAAAAAAGGAUCUGCUUAAAUGGAAGCAAACAAAUGAUACAAGUAUGAAUCAUCUUGAAAUAAGCCUACUUGUGGUUUUUUGUGUGCUUUUAGUAGCAUUGAAUACUGCCUAGUUAGCCAACUUUUUUUUUCUUUUUCUUACUGGCAACCUGACAUCUUCUAGAAUUAAUUGGCUUUCUCUUUUCUCCUCUUUUUAUAUAUUGUGCAAUAAAAAGGUCUUUCACAGCUCCAUUAACUUGAAAUGCCUUUGACCUGCGUUUUUAUUCUAUUACAUGGCAGAAUAAAUGAUAAUUAGAUGCGUUUUAAACAUGGGGCAUGUUGCCUUAUGAAGUAGAUUCUUAAUGAACUGUGAUAAAGUAACGGCGAUUCAAAAUAAUUGUUAGAUCCUUUAUCUUCAUAUAGUACCCAUUGUGAAGCCUUGGACACUGAGCAAAUUUGUGUCGUCUUGAUGCUCAAGCAGCCUGCCUAGGGGACGAAGAAGAAUAUUAAGACUGCAGAAAGGGGUUUUUCUGUAACUUGUAAAAAUGACUUUUAUGUACACCUUACUAACGACUCUUGUGAUCUAGCUGUCUGUCAUUUCUUUCCCUAUUGUGGCAGUAGCAAGAUUUUUAAAUGUCUUUCCUCUUUUCAUUGUUGAUUCCUAUCUUAUUACACUAGUAAUUGUACUUUGUAAGUGCAACUAGUGGUGAUCAGCUUUGGGAACAAAAAUGUGGCCAGUGUUAUAGCUUUUAAUACACAGUGGUUGUAUAGAGGCCAAGAGAAGGUUACGUUUGCCAUUAAGGAAUGGGUGUGAAAAUGAUACCAAAUAGCAAAGAAAAUGGCCAGAUUUUAUUAUAUAUUUUUUUUUUCCUUUUUGGUGAAGCAUUUAACUGUUUGUGAGCUUGUUUUACCAGUAGAGUGAUGUAUUGGUAGAACACGUGAACCUCGGAAAAUAAGCUUCAAGCGUGUUGCAUAUGCAGACUACAUGAAUACACUAAUAAAGGUUUUAAUUCUCAUGA